CCUCAGGCCGGACAAGAUGGCGGCGCUGAGGCUGUGGAGCCGCUGCCGGAGGAAGGCGGGAACCCGGGGGCUGGGGGUCGGAGUCCGGGGGCUGGCAGGAAAGUAUGAGUAUGAUCUGUUGGUGAUUGGAGGUGGUUCCGGUGGCCUUGCCUGUUCUAAAGAAGCGGCCCAGUAUGACAGAAAAGUAGUGGUGUUAGAUUAUGUGGAGCCAUCACCUAAAGGCACGAGAUGGGGUCUUGGUGGCACUUGUGUCAAUGUAGGCUGUAUUCCGAAAAAGCUAAUGCAUCAUGCAGCCCUGCUGGGGGGUGCCAUUAAAGAUGGCAAGAAUUAUGGCUGGGAUGUACCCCUGCCUGUACAUCAUGACUGGGGUACCAUGGCAAAUGCUGUUCAAAGCCAUGUGAAAUCCUUAAACUGGGGACAUCUAGUGCAACUUCAAGAUAAGAAGGUGAAGUAUAAGAAUCUCAAAGGUGUUUUUCUAGACAACCAUACUGUUCAAGGGGAGUCCAAGCAAGGCGAAAAGACCAUUCUGACUGCUGAAAACAUUGUGAUCGCAACUGGAGGCCGGCCAAAGUAUCCCUUAGACAUUCCAGGGGCUGAACUCGGCAUUUCCAGUGAUGAUAUUUUUUGGCUUCAAGACUCACCUGGAAAAACGUUGAUUAUUGGCGCAAGCUAUGUGGCCUUGGAAUGUGCUGGGUUUUUAACUGGUGUUGGUUUGGACACUUCAGUCAUGGUGCGAAGCAUUCCUCUUCGUGGCUUUGAUCAGCAAAUGGCCCAUUUGGUGACUGACUAUUUGGCAUCCUACGGUACCAGGAUCUUUUGGAAAUGCGCACCAAUCAAAAUAGAAAAACUGGACAAUGGAAAGCUGCAGGUUAUAUGGAAAAAUCUUGAAUCAAAUGUAGAAGAGCGAGAGUCCUUUGACACAGUGAUGUGGGCAGUUGGUCGAGCACCUGAAACGGGAGGCCUGUGUCUAGACAAAGCUGGGGUCCAGAUUAAUCCAGAAACGGGCAAGGUCAUUGUCGGUGCCAAUGAAGAAACUUCUGCUUCUCACAUCUAUGCGAUUGGAGAUAUAGCAGAGGGCCGACCAGAACUCACGCCCACAGCUAUCAAAGCUGGGAAGUUGUUGGCACAUCGACUGUUUGGCAAAUCAACUGAACUGAUGGACUAUGACAAUGUCGCUACAACAGUUUUCACACCAUUGGAGUAUGGCUGUGUAGGCUUAUCUGAGGAAGAGGCAGUACAGCGCCAUGGUGAGGACAACAUCGAGGUUUAUCAUGCAUAUUACAAACCACUGGAGUUUGCAGUAGCUGAACGAGAUGCCACCCAGUGCUAUAUCAAGAUGGUUUGCUUACGUGAAGGUGACCAGCGUAUCCUUGGGCUUCAUUUCAUUGGACCAAAUGCCGGAGAGGUCAUUCAAGGAUUUGCACUGGGAAUAAAAUGCAAUGCUACAUACUCUCAGCUAGUAUCCACAGUGGGCAUCCAUCCAACCUGUGCAGAAGACGUGAAUAAGUUGAACAUCACCAAGCGCUCGGGUCUGGAUCCAACAGUCACAGCCUGCUGAGGUUAAAUGUCAUCCCUGAAGCAACUGGCACACCACAAAACUUUACAGCACUUGAGAAAAAUGCACACUGGAGAAAAAUCCAUGUUUGAAACUGGUCAUCUUAAAUCGAAGCUAUAGCUGGCUUUGGCUAUUGACAUUUCAAGACUUUACCAACUAUUAAAGUUUGACCUAGUUUCAUUCAAUGACCUUUGCAAAAAAAAAUAAUGUUGAAUUAAGUAAAUGAAUGGAAGUGACAUUUUGUUUUUCAAUUUCUUUUUAUAGUAAUGCAAUCAAAAUGAUAUUUUUUUUUGAUGCAAUCCUUAAGGGUCCAUGCAUGUGUCCUAUUGUGAAAGUAGAACAAUUCCUAAAUCAUCCAGCAGAGGGGGAUGUCUGUUUAUAAAGCUGGAUGUGAGUAAUAUUGUCGCUUAAUUAUCCGGAAUGGAAAUCAUUUGUAACUCAGUAUUGCAAAACUGUGGGUUGCCAAUUGUAUUUGUUUUAGCUGUAAACUUGGGAGGGUGUGGGAUUGCUUUAAUGGAAACUGGCAUGUACUUUAAUUCUAUACCAUAGGCAAGAAUGUUUUUCAGAAAUUGUUGAAUGUGCCUUUUUAUCUUGUUCUGUGAAAGAUUUCCAGUUCACGAGCCAGAGAUUUUGGUGUGCUGUUCAGGGAUAAUUGGAGAAAAAGUAAAAGUGGUUUGACUAUUGCUGUUAACUGGUAUGCAUUUUGCACGAUAAAUGUAUAUUAUAUGAACAUAGUAUAGUCAGACUACACAUGUGCCAGUUAAUGAUGACUUGUUUGUAAACCCAUAUUAUGGGAUAGACUGGUCUGAUGCUGAUUGGCAUUAGAAAGUAUAUAUAUAUAUAUAUAUAUAUAUAUAUAUAUAUAGAAAUUUAAAUAAACUGAUAUUACAG